UAAUUCGGCUAAUUCCGUAAGUGUUCGGUUAUAUUCGAUCUUAUUUAGAGUUCUCCCAUAAAAAAAAGGGGGGGGGAAAGAUUAAUAUAAUUCCGAGCAUUGCUCCAGCUUAUACUUCGUCUCUUUAUUCCUAAGUCCGUGAUUAAAAUAUAUAAAUGAAUUCUUAAUUAAAUCUUUGUUGUUUAAUAUUUGUCGGUAACCAUGAGGAAAAACAUAAACACUCGUAUCAAUGGAACAAAUGUUAUUUUAGUACCAUAUCAAGAGAAGCACGUCACAAAGUAUCACGAAUGGAUGAAAAAUCCUGUGCUGCAAUAUUUGACAAGCUCUGAGCCAUUGACACUGAAGGAAGAAUUCAAAAUGCAGAAGCGAUGGUUGGAAGAUGAAGACAAAUGUACUUUCAUUGUUCUGGAUAAAAGCAUCUAUCUGUCAACUAAAAAUGAAGUAGAUGCCAUGAUUGGGGACACGAAUCUGUUUUUUCAUGACUCUCGGAAAUCAUGUAUUGCUGAAAUAGAGAUUAUGAUAGCUGACGAGGCUAAUCGAGGUAAAAGAAGAGGCUGGGAAUCUGUUAUUUUAAUGUUGAUCUAUGGUGCUGAAACAUUGAAUGUUAAUAAAUUCUGUGCCAAGAUCAAAUUAAACAAUACAAUAAGUAUAAAAAUGUUUGAGAAACUUGGUUUCCAUGAGCCAGUACAGCCGAUUGCUGUGGAGCCUGAAAUUCUCUCUGAUACCAAAGGACCGAUAUUAAUUCAGAUACAAAGACUGUGUGAAAUGUUGGAUCUAAUAGAUAAAGAAGAUAAUUCAGUGGCUUACAACUGGCCACAGUUAAAAAGAUAUGCGAUUUAUGGUUGUUUCCUGGCUGGACCGAUAUUACAUGGAUGGUACAAAUGGCUUGACUCGUUUUAUAGUGGAAAAUCGACAGGCAUCGUGCUAAAGAAGCUCUUCAUGGACCAAUUUAUCUUGACACCACCGUUGCUCAUCUUGUUUUUUAUCAGUAUGAAUUUAAUGGAAGCCAAGUCGGAUGUUCUUCGAGAAUGCAAAAUGAAAUUCGUGCACACUUUUCAGACUUCAUGUGGAUAUUGGUUGCCAGUGCAAUUUGUGAACUUUAUAUUAAUUCCACCAUCUUUUCGAGUAACGUAUGUCAGUAUUGCUGCCUUUUGUUGGGCUAACAUUUUGUGUUAUUUGAAAAAUGUACCCACUUCCGAACAGGAACAGAAAAUAAAAUAAUAUAUUGACA